AUGUUAGCCAGACAACUGAAGAGAAAAACACUUAGUAGAUAUAUUACAUAUAUUAAGGAUGAGAAGGGCAAGGACUGGUAUACAUCUGUGGACAUAGCAGAAAAGUUCAGACAGUACUAUGAAUCAUUAUAUAACCUGAAUCGUAGUGAUACAACCCCAACAGACAAUGCCAUACAAGACUAUUUAGCACAAUUAGGCCUCCCCAAGAUCACAUCAGAACAAAAAGAUGACUUAGACGCCCCCUUCACAUUAUCUGAGACUCUGAAUGCAAUCAAAUCCCUUAAGGGGGGCAAAGCACCUGGACCGGACGGUUUUGGAAAUGAGUCUAAUUUGACAAUUGUUUCUUCUAUAAAAUGUUGUACAUUUGCUUUCAAUAACCGUCCAUUGCCCAGAGUAAUUCUGGAGCCUCCACAUCCAACAGGAACCCCUGUCCAGAUUCUGGACCAGUGGGAAGUUUAUGAAGAUAGUAUCACAGGGCGAAAAUAUUAUGUCCACUCCAAUAGCAGGGAGAGAUCUUGGAAGCCCCCUAGGUCGUUACCACCAAAACAGAGCGCUACGAUUCAGGACCAGCCAGAGAUUCCAAAUGAAAAGUUCUUUUCACCAGUCAAAAUUACAGGGGUUGUUCAACUGAGGGUCAAGAAUUCUAACACACAGUAUGACAGGCAGUGUCAAACUAAAUCCAUGGUCUUGGAUUCUGGGGAAGGAAUCAAACCUAUAUCACGUCACAGAAGAAAUCAUUCACAACACUACCUGCCUGAUAACUUAAUUCCAAAAGAUAUUUUGGUGAAUGAAAAUAAAGAAGGGUUUUUAAAUAAAACCAAAAUAACAGACAAAGGGAAGAAAUUAAGAAAAAACUGGGGUACAUCAUAUAUUGUACUCUGUGGCCGGAAACUGGAGUUUUAUAAAGAAUCGAAGGAACAAGCUUUACUAAAUUUGAAGUCCGGUACUAAACCAGAGGGAAUAGAUUUAUGUGGAGCUCAUAUUGAAUGGACAAAAGAAAAAUCCAGCCGGAAAAAUGUUUUUCAGAUAACUACAGUAUCAGGAAAUGAAUUCCUUUUCCAGUCCGACUCAGACAUUGCUAUAUCAGAAUGGUUCUGUGCAAUCAAAAACAUGAUUGACAGUUUGGCAAAACAACAGCCAUUUCCAUUACUGAAUGUUAACAUCCAGAGGUCUUCAAGUAAUGACGUUUUACGUAUAGGAGCUGACUUAAAAGAGCAAAAAACUGAACAAAGAAAAUCCCUGGUGUUAAAAUUAAACUACAGUGCAUCCGAUGGCAGUGACAAAAGUCGUGUGAAGACUAGAUUGAAGAAGUUUAUUUCUCGACGACCAUCAUUGAAAACUUUGCAGGAAAAGGGUCUCAUUAAAGAUCAAGUGUUUGGUUGUCACCUGGAAACACUCUGCAAAAGGGAAAAUACAACAGUGCCAUACUUUGUAAAACUCUGUAUUGAUGCUGUUGAAAAGAGAGGCUUGGAUGCUGAUGGGAUAUACAGAGUUAGUGGAAAUCUAUCUACAAUACAGAAGUUACGAUUUGUUGUAAAUCAGGAAGAGAAGCUGAAUUUGGACGACAGCCAGUGGGAGGACGUCCACGUUGUCACCGGAGCACUCAAGAUGUUUUUCAGAGAGCUGCCUGAGCCGUUGUUCCCAUUCUGCUUCUUUGAACAGUUUGUGGAAGCAAUAAAAAUCCAGGACAAUGACUUACGGUGUGAAAACUAUGAAGAAUAUUGUGAAAAGCUGCCAACCUCUAACCAUGAUACAAUGAAAACCUUGUUUGAACAUCUGAGAAAAAUCGUCAUCAAUGCAUCCGUGAAUCUGAUGUCAACACAAAGCUUGGGAAUUGUAUUUGGACCAACUCUUCUGAGACCAGAAAAUGAUACAGGAAAUAUGGCCUUCCGAAUGGUUUAUCAAAACCAAAUUGUAGAACUUUUGUUGACAGAAUUUAAGAAUAUAUUUGUUUAAACCACUUAAAGGGAAAUUUUGCUCAUAAAAUAAAUUGAUAAGGCAGAUUAUUAUUUGAUAAAACCUCUAAUUAAACCCUUCAAUGGCUAAUGUUAAUCAAUAACAUUAAAUAGAAAACAUCUUUCUCUCUGCUCUCCCCUGCUUUAGCUUGCCCCCCAGCCUAUGAGUUGUUUGCUGUUUGUAUCUUAUACUUGAAGGGACAGUCUAGUCAAAAUGACACUUUCAUGAUUCAGAUAGGGCAUGCAAUUUUAAACAACGUUCCAAUUUACUUUUAUCAUCAAAGUUUCUUUGUUUUCUUGGUAUUCUAAGUUGAAAGCUAAUCCUAGGUAGGCUCAUAUGCUACUUUGUAAGACCUUGAAAUUAGCGGCAGUUUAUUUUAUUUUCAUAAAAUAGUUAUGUUAGGUUGGAUGUGUCAGCAGCAGCUGCUCCCACACCUCUCUAAUCUCAGGGCAUGUUGACACCUUUUCACAGCUAGUGGGUGUUAGUUCAUGUGUGUCAUAUAGAUAACAGUGUACUCACGCAUGUGGAGUUACCUAGGAGUCUGCACUGCAUGGCUAAAAUACAAGUCUAAGAUAAAGGGGCAGUCUGCAGAUGCUUAUAUAGAAGGUAAUCACAAAGUGUAUUAAUAUAACCAUUGGUUAUGCAAAACUGGGAAAUGGGUAAAAAAGGGAAUAUCUAUCUUUUUAAACAAUAACAAUUCUGAAAUAGACUGUCCCUUUAAAGGACCACUCUAAGCAGUAGAAUUACAUAAUUAACAUGUAGAUAGUAUAUAGACAAUGCAAUAACACUUACUCUGAAUUUCAAAUAAGCAGUAGAUUUUUUUCUGCAAAUUUAUUUUUCUCCCAUUUUCCGGCCCCCUGUAUCAUGUGACAAACAUCAGCCAAUCACUAGUAUAUGUAUACCCUGUGAGCUUGUGCAAUGCUUAGUAGGAUCAUUUUCACCAGAAUGGCAAUGUAAGGCCUUAGCCUGAAAUGUAAUUAAAGGGACAUGAAAGCAAAAACUUUUUUUUAUGAUUCAGAUAGAGAAUACAAUUUUAAACAACUUUCCAAUGUACUUCUAUUAUUUAAUUUGCUUGUUAUCUUUUGCUGAAAGGUUUAUCUAGGCUAGCUCGGGGGCAGCAGAGAACCUAGGUUCUAGCGGUUGAUUGGUGGCUGCAUAAAUAUAUAUAUUGAUUGUGAUUGGCUCAUCCAUGUUUUCAGUUAGAAACCAUUAGUGCAUUGCAGCUCUUUCAACAAAUGAUACCAAGAGAAUGAAACAAAUUAGAUAAUAGAAGUAAAUUAGAAAGUUGUUUAAAAUUGUAUUCUCUAUCUGAAUCAUGACAGAAUGUACCUUUAACUGCUGCUCAGCUUUUGGGUAUUUUUUUUUUUUUUUGCUGCCUAUUUUCUUUUUUGUAUGUAUUGAUUGAAAAUGUGAAAAAUAAAUAUUAAAAAAAAUAAAAAAUUGUAUUCUCUAUCUGAAUCAUGAAAUCAAUUUUUUGGGUUUUAUGUCCUUUUAAGGGUGGAGGCACGGAGGGGAGUGAGCUAAUGGUGUAAGGCAACACUGUUGCAAAUGUGUGGGAGGGUUUACUUACCUUAUAAAAGCCCAGAGCUUGCAGGCCCAGGCCUCUUUUCCACUUGUGCCAGAAAGUUGUCCCUCCCUCUCUGGUUCUUUAGGCAAGUGGCUAUAAAAGGCCUCUAGGGUGCUUUAGUUAGUCUGGCACUCUCACGCUUAGUUGAGCUAGACGAGGAAGGACCAGACUCGUAGAGUUAACUCCCCUUUCGAGGUCAUGUUUUUAUGACUCAACCUUCGGAAGGCCUACCGGUUUGAACUUGGAAGAUUGCAUCCUAGCUAGGUGGGCUGCCUGGUCUCAGGCUGUUGAUAUGCGAGUGACGACCAUGAGGAAGAGCGACAUCCCCAGGACAGGGCCUGGGGUGCUCCUCCUAGAGUGCAUGGUCAGAUACCUCUAGUGAACACCAUUGUUCUUGCGAGGCGUGGUAGCCGAGCUCCGCCGUCUGAACAGCCUGAGCCUAGACCUGCAAAGCAUUGGUUAUAUGGUACUAGGACGCCGCUUGCCACCAGGUUUCUGUUGCCUUUAAGGCAAAGUUAUCAGUUGCUGUUGUAUUUAAUAAAUUGGACCUUGCAGUCUUUAACCCA